AUGUUCGAGGCUCGUCUUCAGCAGGCGGAUGUCUGGAAGAAAAUAAUCGAUGCCGUGAAAGACCUCGUCCAAGAAGCUACUCUUGAUUGUUCCGAUAGUGGAAUAAGCUUGCAGGCCAUGGAUAGUGGAACUGACUCGGUCACUCUUAAGGCUGGAGAUCAGGCAGACACUAUCACUUUUCUUUUCGAAUCUCGGAACCAGGAGAAGGUAUCCGAAUUUGAAAUAAAAUUGAUGGAUUUGGAUGUUGACCAUCUAGGAAUUCCGGAAACAGAUUACAAGUGUGUUAUAAAAAUGCCUGCUUCUGAGCUCCAAAGAAUAUGCAGAGAUCUUGGUCAAAUUGGCGACUCAGUUGUUAUUUCUGUUGCGAAGGAUGGCGUGCGCUUUAGCUCUACUGGUGAUCUUGGUUCUGGAAACAUAAAGCUUGCUCAGACUGCCAACGCUGAUAAACCGGAAGAGGCAGUGUCAAUAGAAAUGAGCGAGGCCGUCAGCAUGACAUAUUCCUUGCACUACUUCAACAUCUUCGCUAAGGCCGCACCACUUUCCAGUCAAGUGACGCUUUCUUUGACUGAGAACGUUCCCGCAGUUGUCGAAUUCACGAUUGACGAACUGGGUUACAUCCGCUAUUACCUGGCUCCGAAAAUCGAAGAUGACGAGUCAUAG